AUGGCUUAUUCGCAUCCUCAGACGCUCCCUACUCCUCCUGCCUCAGCCGCCUCUCCCACCCCGAGCAAUUGGUCAACGUCCAGUCGAGUCUCUAGCCUGCCGACUCCUCGAACGCAUCGCCUUCAGCCAGGCUCACAGAAAGAGAUUGCGCUAAUAAUCUACCUAGACAACCACAUUCUGAACAUCACAAGAAGAUACGCGAAGAAGUUCACUGACGAAGGUCUCCAAAACGAUGACACCCCGGGCUACACUACGUACGAUCAGUUCGUCGCAGAUGUCGACCCUCUUGUCGAUGUUGUUUGGAUCAGUGGCACACCCUCCAUUCAAAUCCCAUAUCUGCUACAACUCGCAGGACUUGCGUGCUCUUACCUCCAGGCCUUUCCCUUCUCAACCUCCGUUUUCCCCCUGGUGAGCAAGAUUGAUCAGGGAUUUGCCAGCUUGUUGCAACCUACGCAGAAUGGUGGCAUAUCAUCCAUCCACCCUCAGGUCUCGGUGACAGAGAAGGUCCGAAUCAAGUCACUGAUCGAAGAAACGCGAAUUGCGGCUGUUAACGCAGCCUCAUCCAGUGGGCACGCGGCAAGUGUACAGGAUAUCACAGACACAGACACUGACGAUGACGACAACGAGAGGGAAGAGGUUGAACAGGGCGACGAGGAUGACGAGGACGAGCAGUCUAUGUCGGUUGCUCUGGCAUUAUCAAGAAUCUACAAGAGAACACUCGAGAUCCUCGGCGAUUCGCUCAUUACAAGUGUAUCGCCGCAACCUCAGGAUGAUGAUAUACCCAUGACCUGA